AUGGCAGGCCAUGGCUCCACAGAUUCGGAAUCUGAUCGAUGGGGUGACCAUAGAAAGCAACAACAAUUACAAGAGCAACAAGAACUCCAACAACACUUGGACGACUUGGAAGCUGCUACAGCAGCAGCAGCUGAGCUAGAUAUCAAUAUCUUUUCGAUCACUUCAAACACAUCGUUUACGUUGACUCAACUAAAGUACUUCACGUUCUUGAUGAUCGGGAUGUCACUCCUCUGGCCGUGGAACUGCUUCCUCACCGCGUCUGCCUAUUACGCGGAAAGAUUCGCCCAUCUGCCAGGGCUUAUCAAGAUCUAUUCGUCCACGAUGAUGUCAAUCUCUACGAUUGCCCUGACAGUGUUCAAUUACUUCUUGUCUCAGCUGCAGACAGGAGUAGACUACAACCAUAGAGUUAACUUGGGUCUUUCGUUGACCAUCGGUGUGUUCAUCUUGAUGGCAUGCACCUGUGUUUCAGACACUUUUAUCCAAAUGAAAGACAUUGUGUUCUUUGUAGGUUUGAUGACCACGGUUUUAAUCUCUGCCUUGGCCACUUGUAUCGCACAAAAUGGUACUAUGGCUAUAGCCAACGUCAUGGGAGGAAUCUAUGCAAACGCGGUAAUGGUGGGUCAGGCCAUCGCCGGAGUUAUGCCCUCGAUUGCCUUAAUUGCCUCCAUUUUGCUUGUGGGUACAAAGAAAAAGAAUGAAAAGGGUGGAACCCUUGAUGAGGACUACCACGUAGAGAAGAAUUAUGGAGUUUUCGUGUAUUACAUAACUGCAAGUUUGGUUUCAUUCGUUGCAAUGACCUUACUAUACUGGACAAACUACUUUAAAGCAGAAACCGCUUAUCAGGUGCUCAACGAUGUGCUUGAAAAUAAUCCUAAUUCAAGGGGCCUCAAUGCGUUUCCCGAUGACAUUGGUAACGACGAAGUCACACAACAGAGACAUGUGCCGUUUAUGUUACUUUGGGGUAAGUUGAAAUAUAUCGUCCUGGCGAUCUUUUUGACUUUUAGUGUGAGUUUGGUUUUCCCAGUCUUUGCGUCAAAUGUUGAAUCUACCCACACGGAGUCGUCUAACCCACUUUUCAGCAAAUCAAUAUUCAUUCCAUUUAUUUACUUGGCUUGGAAUUUAGGUGAUUUGCUAGGAAGAAUAAUGUGUGGUUUCAUGCCCUCGUUCGUAGUUAAAAGACCCAAGAAUUUGGUAGUCUAUGCGCUUGCCAGAUUAAUAUUUAUUCCAUUAUUUUUCACUUGCAAUAUCCACCCAUACACCGCUUCUGGAGAAUCGUCAGCAUUGAUCAAUUCCGAUAUUUGGUACGUUAUGUUGCAAUUUCUCUUUGGAUUAUCCAAUGGACAGUUGUGCACAUCGUGUUUCAUGAUUGUGAGAGACUAUUGUGACGAUGACGAUGAAAAGGAAGCAGCUGGAGGGUUUACGACUGUUUUCUUGAGUACUGGCUUGGCAUUUGGAGCGGUACUAAGCUAUGCCUUAGUUGCCUUAAUAAAUUGA